AUGCCGCGCCCGCGGCUGAGGGGAAGAGGCGGGGAGGCCGCGGGUUUCGCUUCCGGGCCGGCAUUUUCCCUGCGACCGAGGCGGAAAAUGGCGGCCGGCCCGGCGCCGCCGCUGUUGCCGCCGCCGCCGGGGGAUGGGGAGGAGGCGGCCGCCGCCAGCGCCCGGCGGGACCCGCGGGUGCGGUGCUGCUCGGGGCGCGGCCUGAGCGAGGUGAUGGCGCUCUGCGCGCCCUUCGUGCGGGCCCUGGCCCAGGGGCAGCCGGGCGGGUCCCCCGCCGCCGAAGACGUGCUGUGGAUCUUCGAAACGGCGGUGCGGGAGAACGUUACCAUUAAUGGGCAGCCCUGGGAGGAGACUUUGGGUGACUCCCAGCUGCAGAGCGGUUCCAGCCUUAAAGUUCUUGAAGAUCGAUUUGAUGAACUAAUAGUAGAGACAACAACAAAGCGUAAGCAGUGGCCUAAAAAGAUACUGAUGCAUGCUAUCCAGACUAUGAAAGCAGAGCAAGAGAUGUUGAAGCUGUACCAGCCUGUCAUAACACCAGAAGAGAUAAAGUCACAGCCUUCUCAAGAUGCUUACAUCACAGAUCUGAAGCAGGUGGCAGAAACAGCGUCCAGACAGAUCAGUGGAGCAAUGAAGUCUCUCCCAGCACUAAUAGAAAGAGCAGAAGGUUUUUCCCAAGCAUUAACUUGGCAGCCAACCUUGGAACUCUGCAAGCUGCGGCAAGAAGUCUUUGCUGGUUGCAAGGCGAAGGAGGAAAAUAAUGUCCAAGAUUUCAUAUCACCAGGAGAAGUCACACCAACAGACGCUGAUAUCAGUAAAAUUCCUUAUGUUUUGCUAAAAAGAAAAAAAGCUGCAGAUUCACCAGAAAGAAGACGCUACCCACUUCGGCGGAGGAAGAUUACUCUCUACACAUGAAUCAGAUUGGAUUCUCAGUUGUACUCUUGUUCAGUGUGCUCAGUCUUUUUUCUUAAAACUUGGUCUCCCUGUAAUUCAGUGCUAUACAUGGGAGCUUCCUUAAUUAUUUAGUCUUCAAUCCUUUUAAAUAUUUCUAUUUUUACUGUAACUGAUGGUCUAUGAAGGCCUACACAUACCAGUAGCAUCCAAUACCCAGCCAUUGUAUUUGAAGACUAACUCUCCUUUUUUUCUCUUUUAUUACAGCAUUUAGCUGGAGUCCCCGUACUUCUCAGAGUUUGUGCACAUGCUUUAUGUAUGUGGGCAGUCUUUUAGUAAACCACUAAGUGCUCAUUUACAUUAAGCAUGUCUCUAAAGAGGUUGGAGAAUGGCUAGUUCUCCUAACGCACCUUAGUUUAUUACAGAAUCAGGUGGCUAUUUUUUUAAUAAGUAAGUUAAAAGUAAAGUCACACUGGAGCAUAUUGAAAACACCAGAUUUGAUAUGAUGUUAGUUUUUAGAAAAUCCACAUGCGAAUGUGACAUUGGUCCCUACAAUUCCACCUUUCCUGAAUUUAGGUCAGAAAUUAGGCUUAUUUUUAGCCGUGUUUGUUUAAACUUGGAUUUUUAGUAGUUGUAUAUAUUUACUUGCAGUGUAGUCUUCUGAACAAGGAUUCAACCACUCACAUCUUACCAUCUGAUAUUUCAUUUCAUAUAAGCCAAUUAUG